AUGUUUGCGCUUGUUGAAAGGACCAUCUCUGGUGAUCCACAGGCCAGGACCAUCAGCCCAGCCGAUGAGGACACAAGCAUCGAGAUCGGUGAUGUGGCGGGCUCCGAAAUUGAUGGCAUCACCACCAUUUCUUUCACGUGGACUGUGUCUGCUGGCAACAUCCCAGUGGACCUCUCAAGUGGCGCCAUUGCCCUGAAUGCAGCCUUUGGAGGGUCGGAUGCGCUGGUGCGCCAUGAGUUCACGGAUCGGAUAGGAUUCUCAGUCGACUUCCUUUCUGGCAGUGAUGGUGGCGAGAGUCUGCCUGCUGCAGAUGGUGACGAGCCAUCCUCUCCUGCAGAUGAGGACACUACUGCUGGCACAGGUGCUGGUACAGGUGGCAAUGCGCAAGUAGAUGGCGAUGACGAUGCCAUGUCAGCUGCCUCCAGCUCCUGUCCGAGUUCUGAGCUUCCAGGCUACAGUUGUGUCAUCUCGGUGCCAGGGCUUGACAGAAUGCGACUUCACUACAUUUCUGGGCCCACAACGGGGAACGACGCAAUUCCGACCCUCACCGCGAGCGAGAUUCGGUUUGCUGUCGAGGGUGCCACCUCUGGAUGGGUAGGAAUAGGAUUUGCAGAGCAAUCAGGCGCUAUGGCCCCCUCCGAUUGCGUUGUUGGCUGGGUGGAAGACGGCGUGCCAGAUGUCAGGCCAUAUCGAGUGAUGUCUAGAAGCAUCAGCCCUGGUGAUGAAGACACUAGCAUCAUCAUCACUGAUGUGGCAGCUUCUGAAGUGGAUGGCAACACAACCAUUGCAUUCACGUGGAAUGUGGCUAGCGGCAAUGUUCCGGUGGAUCCUUCCAGUGGUAUCGUGCUCAUGAAUGCAGCCCUGGGAGGAUCGGAUGGGCUUGUGCAGCACGGACCCGGAGAGCGGUCGUCCUUUUUGCUGUCUGGCGUCGGUGUGAAUAACGACAUUACUCGUUACUACAAGGCACAUGGAGCUCUCAUGAUAAUUGCCUGGCUACUGUGCAUUCCAGCAGGCAUCCUGUGCGCGCACCACAAAUGGUGUCUGAAGGGCAUCGGAACGAAAGGUCUGUGGUUUCAGAUACACCGUGGACUUCAGGUUGUGGGGAUAAUGGCGACCAUCGCAGCUUUUGGCAUCGCUGUGAACAAGUUUGAAUGCUGCAAGACUGAGGACGGUGAUCGCCACAAGCCGCUGGGGGCGACAGUGUUCGCGAUGAGCCUCAUGAAUGUGGUGCUGGGGUUGUUCCGCCCUGGCACUGAGGCCCCGCGGAGGUGGAUGUUUAACUACGCACAUUACUUCUUCGGCUACGGCUCCUUCGUCCUGGCCAUACCCACCGUGUUUCUGGGCAUCUUUGCCUACGACGACCUGACGACCGAGGGUGUCUCAACAUGGGUCGUCCUGGCAGUAGUGGCCCUCGCAGGACUUGGAGGGCUGUAUGUGUGCAUGGAAGUCGUCCGAUGGUUCAUGGGCGGCGACGACACUCGGAAGCCGACCCCAUCCACAGUUCAACUCACCAUGCCCGUCACGUCAAACCAACCCCAACCUCAAGAAGUCAACGGGGACAAGUGGAAGGGGGCGGUCUAG